UCACCCUCUUCAAUUUUUUUAAGUCCUAUUCGCAUUUGCGUCACAGGUACUCCUACCUACAUAUAAACCGGCCCAUCUGUAGCGCCUACAAUCCUAAACAUAGCCCCAUCGGCAUCAUAUAUGCCCAUGCAGUGGCAUGCAUCUUCUUCCUUCGCCAUGACUCAAGAUAGUCCACAUACACACAUCGACGUCGAGCUGCUGUCAUUGCCAAAAUGUAGACGGCUUCCCAACGAGGUCAUUUCGCCCUUGAAAUAUACAAAUGACAUCGUGAACUUUGAUCACUGGGAUCAUAUGUUCAUAACAAACUGUUGCAGGAGCUUGACUCUUUAUGAUUUUGACGGUCCUCCGCCUACAAUUCUUGAUCUCGGGUGCGGACGCGGUCUUUGGGCCAUCGAGGCCGCCAAGCAAUGGCAGGGCAGCACAGUUGUUGGAUUCGACAUCGAGCGCACGCAACCACGCCUUAAUGUCCUCGCAAAGUCUGUUUCUCGUCGGCUAAAAUGGGUUCAAGGCAAUUUACUAGAACCACUACCAUUUUUAACGGCCCAAUUUGACUUCGUGAGGAUGGUUCGAAUGGGCUUGCACAUCCCCGAAGAUGAGUGGCCAUCAGUUCUGGCGGAGAUCGCCCGCAUCCUCAAACCUCACGGCGUGCUCGAGGUUAUUGAAGAAGACUUAUUAUUUCCCUGCCAAUCUAUACGAUCACACGAUGUGACCCCCAGCAGUGGAAAGUCUUCUGGUAAUUCCAUCCAGAGCUCGAAUACGGUUGCAGCUGCAACCUCCUGUCACAAAUCUGAAUCUGUUUCAUCUUUGAAAGUCAAAAAUAACACAAAUGCCAGCCUGGAUACACUUUCUGGAUCUUCAUCAACCUCGCUACCCUCCGUGCUGGAUGCCAAACUUAAGCAUCCAAAACCCCCAGAUCCGCAAGAUCACUCGCGGCUUCAGCGUGCGUGGGAGGAAAUGCUAGACACCUAUUUCUUGUCACCCCAACCGCUUUCCGUCUUGCCGUUGUAUCUCUCGUUGUCAUUCUCCAGUAUCCGGUCGCAUCCCCCCCUGCAAAUCCCCUUGCCACGCAACUCUUCGGACAGACAAAAGCUCACGACUCAACAUUCGACAUCGUCAGUACAGCUUGAUCCCGCGACUCUUUUCGAGCUUCGAGCCUUAUCAGCCCAACCCUCGUCUGAAGCCGAUUACAGCGCGCGUGCUUCUGUGAUGACGGCAGAGGGUUGUCAGCGGAGCAUGUCGUCAUGGGCAUGCAUGCACCUAGCCCGGACCGUGCGCACAAUCGUAGGUUGUAAAGAGUCGAUCUGGAGUGCCUAUGAACGACUGUACGGUGAAGACCCUACGCCUCCAGUCGUCCGAACCACACAACGGAAGCCCACCUCAUUUCGGUCCGAGCGGCCAUCGCCCACAAAUCAUCCGCUUCGAGAUUACUUUGAACGCGACUGGAUCAAUUGGGAAAACGACAUGGCGGAUCGUACCAGCGUACGGGGACGCAUGCGAGCGGAAUUGACGUGGAGCGAGCCUAUCGGUAAACCUCCAGAUUGGCGUCUCUGGCGUAAUUCUCUGCCAGAAGAAGUUGCAUUAUCUUCUCGAGAUGAAUCGGCGGAAUAUUGCCGGAGCCUUCGUGGCUUUGUAUGUCUUAAAUCAUGAGUCAUUGACGCACGACUUCAUAUACCCCUUUAUUAUACACAUCUGCACAUGUUUCAAUAGAUGAUGAUAUCAUGCAUUUUUAGCACACCUAUCGCUCCCGUAUAUUAGAGUGAUACACGGCCUUCUACGCCUUAGCCAGUAUUGAUAUGAUUGACCCGGCCCGGCCUC